CGGUUUUUAUCUCUAGAUUCACUCCUAACAUUUAAAUACUUAAGAGCUACCUAACUGUCUAAGCGCAUUACGAUGGGGGAUACCCAACACACCAAGGACAGAGAUUUAGGCAAUGGCGUCUACCACCGCAAUUCUYAUCCAACAUCACCUAAUAUCAUCCGRGCAGAGAAUUCCAAACCAACGAAAAGUAAAAAUCUCUCUUGGUCUGACGAUGCUUUAGUACACUUGAACAAUCACGAGCAAAACGGAAUKCYUCCUACAGACAUCACUCCUCUCAACGGAACAGCAAAUAAGGGAUUUACCAGCUCACAUAUGCCCUCAUGCUUUCUUGAAAUUCCUGUUGGUACCUUACACAAAGGAACUUGUUCAAAUUACCAYACCAGACAUAGUUACCCACAUAAUUUUUACCUUCGAAGGCAUAGUGACUUUAUAGAACUUAUGAAAACUCGRCGACUCGAAUCUUUAAGACAAAAAGCAGAGAUAAAACAAAGAACUGAAAUGUCUAACGCUCUUAUUGAACAGUUCAGAUCUAGAGACAAACCAUUUAGGAGUACGUUGGAUUAUUAUAGCGUGGUUCUGACUUUUGUCAUUGGAUUGGGGAACGUGCUUCGAUUCUCCCACCUCUGCCACCAAAAUGGAGGAGGUGCAUUUUUUAUCCCGUAUUUCGUAAUGCUCUUCGUUGAGGGUAUUCCACURUGUUGCCUCGAAAUGGCUGUUGGUCAAAGAUAUGGAAAAUCGUCUUUGUUUAAAGCUUGGAGUAGUCUAGAUCCAUGCCUCGUCGGACUCGGGCUUUCUGCAUUCGCGAUUAUCCUUAUAUGUCUGUCUUACUACAAUGUCAUGGUMUCGUGGUGUUUAUAUUUUGCGGUGCAAUCACUAAGGGAUUCGAUUCUAUGGGAACCUUGUGUUAAAAAGAGCAAUCGGACAUUUGGAGUCCAGGACGUCAAUCAAGAAUGCGUCACGUCUGGAUCGGAAAAGUAUUUUUGGUAUAGAGAGUCGUUAAACGUUGCAGAUAAUAUAAAUGAAUUUUCAGGUAAUGUGGAAU